GGGAGGAGAGCUGGGGAUUUAGGAUACUCUCCCAGCCCCGCAGCCCCUGUAGAAGAAUCUCUUACAGAAGGAGAGGAGAGCGAAUCCCUGUCUGCACCAACUCACCACCCCCCGACGCCAACAUGCUCCUGAGGACUCUGCCCUUGCUGGCCGCGCUGGCCCUGUCCUGCUCCCAGGCUGUGGAGGAGUCCAAGAGUAAGUCGAAGGUCUGCGCCAACGUGUUCUGCGGAGCCGGCAGGGAGUGCGCCGUCACCGAGAAGGGGGACCCCACCUGUCUGUGUAUUGAGAAAUGUAAAGGCCACAAGAGACCGGUCUGCGGCAGCAACGGCAAAACCUACCUGAACCACUGCGAGCUGCACCGCGACGCCUGCCUCACCGGCUCCAAGAUCCAGGUGGACUACGACGGGCACUGCAAAGAGAAGACGUCGGACCCCGCAGCUGCCGCCAGUCCAGUGGUGUGUUACCAGUCCGACCGUGACGAGCUGCGCAGGCGCGUCAUCCAGUGGCUGGAGGCAGAAAUCAUCCCCGACGGCUGGUUCUCCAAGGGCAACAACUACAGCGAGGUCCUCGACAAAUACUUCAAGAGUUAUGAUGAUGGAGAUUCCCGCCUGGACUCCUCCGAGUUCCUGAAAUUCCUGGAACAGAACGAGACGGCGAUCAACAUCACCACCUACAUGGACCAGGAGACCAACCGCAUCCUCAGGGGUCUCUGCGUUGAAGCUCUUAUCGAAUUGUCUGAUGAGAACGCUGACUGGAAGCUGAGCUUUAAUGAGUUCCUCAAGUGCCUGAACCCCAACUUCAACCCCCCGGAGAAAAAAUGCGCCCUGGAGGAUGAGACCUACGAGGACGGAGCCGAGACCCAGGUGCAAUGUAACCGCUGCGUGUGCGCCUGCGGGAACUGGGUGUGCACCGCCAUGGCGUGCGAAGGGAAGGACCUGCAGCCCGAGGAGGAGAUGGCGAGAUACGUCGACGAGCUGAGGAAACAUCAGGAGACGGUGGAGAAGUCGAAGCGCGUCGGCACCAAGGACAUCUAAACAGCGGAGCGGAUUCCCUGCGCGGUUGGGGUCGCCCGGACGCGGGAUCUCAGCCCUUGGGUGGGCGGGGAAUCUGUCAAUCACUGUCAAGGAAAAUGUAAUAUUUGUAGGGCAUAGGUGCAACCAGAGGGGGUGGGGCUUCUUGGGCCACACCCCCAACCAAUCAUUAGAUCACUUAAUCGUU